AUGGCCCAAUUAACCUCCCAUCACACUCUUCCUCCCUUCCCAGGAGACCUGAAGACCGCUCCUUUGGUCUCAGUGUCGUUUGCAAAACUAGAAGCGGACGACAACAAAUCAUCCUCAGACUUCUUCCAAGCAUGUAAAGAGCUUGGGUUCUUCUACCUCGACUUUGUAGGAUCGAAACUUGGAGAGACGAUCAUCUCCGAAGCCGAGGAAUUGAACAAGGUCCAAAAGGAGUUCUUUGCUCUUCCAAACGAGGUCAAGGAUGUUUAUGGUCGACCACAUCUUCAUCCUUUCUACGCGUAUAGGUACACGGAGACUGAAGGCAAAGAUGAGAACGGCGCACCAUUAAGAAACGCAAAUUACAACCUUCGUAAAGACGAUAUUCUUGGUCAGUGCGAGCGGCUAGCAUGCCACCCUUUGAUCCUCGAGCAUCAAGACCUCUUUGAACGAUAUGUCAGACACUGUCGAGCAGCAGUGGAUGUCCUCCUUGAACAUCUGAACACGCACCUCCAGCUCCCACCAGGCACACUGGCCAACCUCCAUCGGAUCCACGAGCGUUCAGGAGAUCACGUCCGAUUUACUCAGAAUCACCCUGGCGCGUUCAACGAGGACCGAGCACGUAGUGCCGAACACACAGAUUUCGGGUCAUUGACGAUUUUAUUCAACUGGCUCGGAGGUUUGCAAGUACGACUACCGGUCACCGAUGAGUGGGUUUACGUCAAACCUAUCCCAGGGUCCUGUAUCGUCAAUCUCGGUGAUGCGAUGGUCAAAUUUACUGCUGGUAUACUCCGAUCGAACAUUCAUCGAGUCGUUCCAGCGCCUAGUACACAGGCUCACCUCACUCGAAACAGUUUGGUCUUUUUCACUCGACCCGAAGAUAAAGUUGUCCUCAGACGAUUGAAGGGGGGGAUCAUCGAUGCUCAACCACAAUCGUUAGUACCUGAACCCGAGAUGACAAGCCACGAGUGGAUAAUGGGUAAAGGCACUGGACGUCUUCCAGGCGUGUUCACAUCCAAAGGUUUCGAAGGAAAAGCUCGAAAUCCUGAGCCUCAAGUACCUGUACCGGUCAGUAUACCAGCCUAG